CAUGUUGUUAAGCAACAUGAACGUUGGGCACCAACGUCGUUUUACUGUUUACAACAUUUAUCGCUUCGAUUCCGCUAAACUUUAACACAUGCAAAGCAGUUGGAUUUUGUUUUAAAAAAGGUGACAAAUGUGUCUCAACAUAUCAACGCUUGAGAGGUCACUGACACCCGACUACGACUCCAAGAUGUCACUUGAAGCCAGUAGCUCAAGGGAGUGCACUUGUGACCACAGCGAGGCCUUUGAUGAUGUACUCAAGUACGUCGGUAAGCUUCAGGAAAGCCAAAGCCAACUUGAGGAACACUUUAAAAACUUAAAUGCGAGUUACCAACGAAACUACUCUUUGCUCUUUGAGGACCUUCAAGACCUACAGAACAGAAGGGAAUCUUUAGAAGAGCGAUUCAUUGACUUGACAGAACAGUAUCAGAAUGACGUUUGGAACUUGAAAAAAGAGUUAGCCGCCACAGCAGAGAAGAGUGCUGAUCGGUCUUUUGAUGCAACACAAGAUUUUUAUGAGGUGCUGGAGGAUUGUGAGAGACGCCAGUUCAAGCUGGAGCAGCAGCAGAAAGAAGAGGACGCAGUGCAUCCAGAAACACGGGCCAAUACCACUGCACAGACACUACUUGAAAAACUAAUCGAUGUAUCGCUAGCCUUUGUAACUGUGCUUUUGGUGCUGAUGUCCACAGUGAGCAGCUGGGUGGCCCCAUUUUUCAAGACAGCCCGUCGAAUGCUUUGCACCCUGCUUUUUCUGAUCCUUUUGUCUUUUCUGUGGAGGCACUGGGAUGUUAUUUUAGAGUAUCACCAUUUACACUUCGGCAAUUAACAUCCUGGAAAAAAAUAAAAUGAAUGCAGGCACCACUCAUCUUUAUUAAUGUAGUGAAAGGAAACUUAAAUCUAGUGUAUGAGUCUUACUACAGAAAGCAACGGCCCGUACAGUGAAGUCAGAGUUACACAGGAAUGAAUCCUUUGUUUACAGGACAAACCUACAGCUGAGGAUGGUCAACAUAUUCUCACAGGGACAUGCACCGAUUAAUAGAAACAGGGACUCAAUUUGGUGAAGAGACCACUAGGUCAGCU